AGAGUAUAUCAGCAGCCUCGAAGUUCAAGUGAAGGAAGCUCGCAAAGAAGCCGCCGAGUUGCAGAAGAAAUUGACUCAGUCAGAGUUAAGUUAUCAAUUCUUGAAACAGGAGUUGGAAACAUUGCGGCUUUCGCAGACAUUGUUUAAUGACGGCCGUAUGUCAAAGGAACACGCUAAUUUGCUGGCAAGUUUGCUGAAUCCCAACACUGAGUCGUUCCCAACAACGUCGCCUUCCGCUUCACAUCUCUUGACAGCCCAACAACAGCAGAAGGAGCUCAUGGAUUGUAUCAACCAUAAUAACAUGACUAUCCUCAACAACUCAUUGACAAAUCCCCAUUCUCAAGCAGCUCCCUCUCCAUCAUCGAAUUUGAGUGUUUCUCAUGGUUCGCUGCAACCGUACGUACCCUUCGAUGACAAUUGGGAUCUUCUUGUUAACCGAGUCGAAAUGGAAAUCGAUCCGGUCCUUGAUCCUAAAGACAUUCAGCCUAAAGAGGCUGAAUAUCAUGGCCUUUUGGUUCGGUAUGAGGCGGCCAAAUAUGAAGCCAAGGUGGAUGAGCAAAUGCGUACAGAACUGCAAGCUUAUCAAGAACAAAGAUUGGCACAAACUUAUAUUGUCAUGCCCAAAGACGAGUCAAUGCUUUCAGUGUCGAAUAAGGCCAAUCAAGACACGUUGCUCCUUCAGACAAUGGUUUACAUGAUGAUGAUUCACCUGACUCAGUCGAUGUUCCAGGCCGCAACGCUUUCUAAUACCCAGUUGGUGGACGUCUAUCAGACCAUGGAUGAGCCGCUGCGAUCUAAGAUGGGACAGGAGCAACAGGAGCGACCUCCUUGUAAGUUCGCAGAGUGGCGCGAGGCUUGGAUCCGUAAAUGCUGGCCAUCUUUUUAUAAUAACCGUAGACGUGUCUGUGAACUGUUGAAGAAUGGCUUGUGUCCUUCUGCUGCCUCAGCUACAGAGGUGGAUGUGGAUGAAACUGUGCGCAAGAUGGAGGAGGGAGUCAAGGAUAAGACUGUUGAGCCUCAAGCAGGGCCAUUCUGUCUUUGGUUGCGUAACUGUAUUGCUUCAUGGCUUCGAUGCCCCGAACACCUGGCUCGCCAGGAGCAAGAGUGUCAGCGAUUACUGCAGAACUCUGAAAAGCCUGCUGAAUUGAUUGCUUAACAUGCAAAAGCAUGUCGAUGACGAUCUGACUUUUUUCCUUUUUUUUUUUAAACCUUUGUUUUAAAACUCACGAUUUUCACAUUACACGGACGGCCCAUCCAUCUUGUAAAUAAUUCUGAUCCUCUCUGCCAUCGUCCACACUCAUAUCUAAUGUAUCCAUUA